AUGAAGGACAAGUCCGAUGAAGGGCCGCCUCUGGAGAAGGCCGGAGAGGGCUUCGAGUCAGACGAGGUCCUUGUUGCUGCUGCAGCCACCCCUGAGCCCGUCUCGGGAGCUCUCCAUCCCCGCGACUCGACCCCGGAGGAUAGGGACGGGGACUUCACGGAGGCUAUGACCAAAGACCCUGAGCUCAAGGAAGCAUCAGAUUUAACAGGAACUGGAAGGGACGACUCAUCAUUACUUCUUCCUGCAGCCAAGAAGAUGAAGAUAGAAAAUAAAGAGAGCAAAGAGUACAUGCAAAAAGUAGCUGAAAAUGAAAUUCAGAAGAUGCAAAUCCUGGUUUCUUCCUUUUCAGAACAGCUAAACCGUUAUGAAAUGUACCGUCGAUCAGCAUUCCCUAAAGCUGCUAUUAAACGGCUGAUCCAGUCUAUUUCUGGCACCUCAGUAUCUCAGAAUGUCGUCAUUGCUAUGUCAGGCAUUUCUAAGGUAUUCGUCGGGGAAGUGGUAGAAGCAGCUUUGGACAUAUGUGAGAAAUGGGGAGAGUUGCCACCACUACAGCCUAAACACUUGCGGGAAGCUAUUCGAAGGCUAGAGUCAAGGGGACAGAUUCCUCACUCCAAGCAUAAAAAGAUCAUCUUUCACUAG